AUGACCUCCGUUACUCCUGCUCCUUCGCAGACCAAGCCGGCCUUCCCCCGACUCUCUUCAAUCCCCUGUGGUGAUCACUUCCACUCUCGCGAGUCGUCUCCCUCGCCCUGCAGUACCCCGGACGGUUCCAGGUCGAGCAGCCAACGUCGUCCCUCAUUCGGUUCUAUUAAAGAAGAUACGGAGGACGGAAUCGCGCAAUCGUUCGUGGACACGCGCGAAGUACCAUCUCCCCAAGACCCGGACCAAGACCAAGAGCGUAAGAUCGAGCGCCCCACCCAAAUGCAGCAGGCCCCGGAUUUUUGCUGUCCGUGUGGUGGAUUCCUGGGGUGGAAGCAGAUUCGAUUGGGUGGGAAGAGUCUGAGCCGCAGCUACAGCGAUCUCCGUGGACUCGGAAGCCUCCAAGCAAAGGGCUGGGCAUGGGAAGCCCAGGAGCCCCAGACUAUGGAGCUUCUCCCACCGAAGGUCCCCGAGGUAGAGAUUUUGCAGACCCCUCCUGGUAAAUCAUCGUUGGAGAGGUUCCCGCCGGAGGUUCUUGAUCAAAUCAUCUCUAACCUUGCCGUCGAUCUCCCCCCAAAUGGCUACGCCCCCCGCAACGUGGAUUUGGUCUCGUGCCUGCUAACUUCCCAUACGUUGCACGCUGCGACCUUGGGUGUCUUGUACAGGAACAUGACUUUCCCACACUCCAUCAUUUUCUCCAAGGCACUGAAUCACAUGUCGCAGUAUCCGGCGUUGGGAACAUUGGUGCGCCGUCUGGACUUCUCGCACUUCACCUCCGUCGGCCUAGGUCGUACUAAGCAGAUGAACGCAGAAAUUCAGAACCUGACCUCCAAGACCCUAUUGCAGUGCUUGGAACUCCUCCCUAAUUUGAAGGAAUGCCUGCUGCAGGAACACCUAGAGGGCGACAUCAGUGUAGAAGUGGUCCGGAAGCUCUUUAUGGGGCUGCCAAACUUGCGCGCUUUGGAUUUCUGCGGUUGCUCGACUCAGGCUUUCUCUGGGGUUUUCCAGGAGGCUUUGGUCAAUGGGCCUGCGCUGUCCAUAACUUUGCCGAACCUGAAACGGCUCUCGCUUCACGAAUGCAGCGCUAUCCCCGCUCCCAUGUUCGACUACCUCCUCCCGCGAUUGGUCAACUUGACGCACCUCGACCUUACUCACACCCAGGUCAACGAUUCAGCUCUCGUUGCCAUCCCGGAGACUGCCCGUAUCUCUCAUUUGAGCUUGUCCCGAUGCACGCGCCUGCGCGCCUGCGCCCUGGUUAAAUUCCUUACCACCCACCCCUCGAUCAACGAUUCUCUCGUUUAUUUGAACCUGUUGACGGACCCGACCCGCUUCCGUCUGCUGGAAGAGACCGAUGUGUCUGCUCUGCUGCCGAAUCUGCCUGAGACUCUCCGCUCCCUCAACCUGGGUGGAGCCAAGAUCACUUCGGACCAUGUACCACACUUGGUGCCCCUGACCAAGCACCUAGAGGAGUUGGGUCUCAGCUCUGCGGAUCUCUCAGUUGCGGACGUCAACUCGUUCUUCAGUCGGUACCGCAACCCUGCCACGGGAGUUGAGGUCGAUACUCCCAGCACUCUCUGCUAUCUCGAUCUUGCCAAGGUGCCGCAGAUGACUAUCGGAGCCAUCUUCAACACCAGUACUUGUUUCCUGCUCUCCGACAAAAGCUAUCCCUUGCAGGUCGUUGAAUUCAGUGACAAAAUUAUCACCCCGCUGCGUGAGCGUGCGAAGACCCAUCGCGCAUCCGUUGGCUGGACUGUGCGAGACCUCGGCCGUCGUGGCUGGUACGUUCGCGAACCCUCCUCCAUGCCCCACGAACCCCUCGACGAUGGCGCCCGUUACUGGAAGAUGGGUGCACGCUGGUGGGGUAUGCGCAAGAUCCCCAUGGCCACCGGCGAGGUCGGCGGCCUCUACGGCCACUACAUGUUCAAGAAAUGA